CGCGUUAUUAAUAAAAGCAGCGCUGCUUUGGUUGGGUCUGGCUGGUCGGAUCGGAUCGGUCUUUUGGUGUGGAUCGCUUAGCCCCGGCAGCUGCAUUUAUUCGCAUUUGGCUCUUGCGUCCGUGGAGUUGCACGUUGAGGAAAAGCAAACGGAAAAGCAAAAGAGAAAAGAACGAGAGAAAAAAAGCUAAGAAAAAUCUGAGAGAUUCGCCAGCAUGAAUGUGGAGAAGCUGAAGCGGCUGCAGGCGCAGGUGCGCAUCGGUGGCAAGGGCACGCCCCGUCGCAAAAAGAAGGUCAUGCACCAGACGGCGGCCACCGAUGACAAGAAGCUGCAGAGCUCGCUCAAGAAGCUCUCCGUUAGCACCAUACCCGGCAUUGAGGAGGUCAACAUCAUCAAGGAUGACCUCACGGUCAUACAUUUCAAUAAUCCCAAGGCGCAGGCAUCGCUCUCGGCCAAUACGUUCGCCGUCACCGGCCAUGGCGAGACGAAGAAGAUUGUCGAAAUGCUGCCGGAGAUUCUGCCACAGCUGGGACAGGAGACGGUCGUACAGUUGCGCAUGUAUGCCAACUCCAUGUCCAACAAUCAGAAGGCCACGGCCGAGGGCGGCACAGCAGCAGCUCCGGCUGGCGAGGAUGAUGACGAUGAUGUGCCCGAUCUGGUGGGCGACUUUGAUGAGGUGGCCAAGCUGGAGGCGAACAAACAGCAGGAGCAAGCAGCUGCCGGCAAGAACAAAGAGCAGCAGCCAAAGCCAGCGACAGAGAAGCCCAAGGAGGCAAAGAAAACGAACAAGGCCGACAACAAGCAGCAGCAGCAGCAGCAGCAGUCCGGCAAACAGGAGCGCAAGAAGCAGCAGCCACAGCAGGAAGCCAAUAAGAAGCCGAACGAAAAGGCCAAGGAUAAGCAGGAUAACAAGAAGGCCCAGGGCAAGACUCAAGAGAAGGUGGACAAGAAGAGCGAACCGCAGAACAAUAAGGAGAAAAACCAGUUGCAGGCACAGCCUGCUGCCAAGGAGGAGCAGUCGAAACCUGCUGCCAAGGAGGAGCAGCCGAAACCUGCUGCCAAGGAGGAGCAGCCGAAACCUGCAGCAGCUGCUGUGAACACUCAAAAGAAGGAAACCAAGAAGCCAUCACCGGAACCCAAAGCAGAGCAGACCAAGCCAGUCGAGCCGCAAAUCCCAAUCGCAGCACCUGCUGCCAUUCCGUUGGCAGCUCCAAUCCCAAGCCCAGCCGCAGCUGUGCAGGCAAAGACACCGCCUGCAGUGCAAACAUUGGCACAAAUCGUAGCCGCUGAGCCAGUCAAGCCAGUCGAGCAAAAUGAGAUCCCAGCCAGUGCACCAGCUGAGCAGAAGCCAGCGCCAGCUAAGGUGGAGCUAAAAGCUGAAGCAGGCGCUGCCAAGCAGGAGCAGAAAAUAGCCACAGCUGAGCCUGAGAAGAAACCGGAGCCCAAGCCGAAGGACGCCAGUCCACAACAGGCUGCUCCGCCGCCAGCCAAGCAGGCUGCACCAAAGCAAGUGACGCCACCUCCGGCAAAGCAGGUCACGCCACCAGCUGAAGCUAAAGCUCCAGUGGAGCAACUGAAGCCACAGCCAGCUGCAGCUACGGCUAAGCCGGCAGAGAAGAAACCAGAGGAUGUUAAGGAGGCAGCACCUGGACAGCAGCCACCACAGGCAGCUCCCAAGCAAGUGACACCGCCACCGGCAAAGCAAGCGACGCCAUCUGCGGAGCCCAAGAUUGCCGUCGAGCAACAACAGAAAGCCGCAGCUCCAGCUCCAGUAGCAGCUGCACCAGCUGCCUCACCAGCAGCAGCUCCAGCAGCGCCAGCUCCAACAACAGCUCCAAUUACACCACCAGUAGCAGCUCCAAUUACACCACCAACAGCAGCUCCAGCUCCAAUAAUACCACCAGCAGCAGCUCCUGCUAUAGCUCCUACUGCCCAACCAGCUGCAGUUCCAGCUCAAAUUGCAAAACCAGCAGCAGCUUCUGCUGAAGCAUCAGCUCCUGCAACACCACCAGCAGUUUCUGCUACAGCACCAGCUCCUGCUCCAGCCGCAGCGCCUGCUGCAACUCCAUCUGCACCGCUAGCUGCAUCUCCAACAGCAGCUCCCGCCGAAGCACCAAUAGCAGCUCCUGCUACACCACCAACAGCAGCUCCAGCACCAGCUCCUCCUGCACCACCAGCAGCUACUCCAGCUGCAGCACCAGCUCCCGCAGCACCAACAGCUGCAGCUCCAGCUGCACCAUCAGCUCCCGCUGCACCACCAGCAGCUACUCCAGCUUCCGCUGCACCACCAGCAGCUACUCCAGCUCCCGCUGCACCAACAGCUGCAGCUCCAGCUCAAAAAACAGCAGCUGCUGCCAAUGGCAAAAAACAGGAAGCAGCUCAAAAGUCCAAGCAGCCUAAGCCUGGCCAGACACAGCAACAAAACCAAAAGCAGCCACAGCCCAACAAACCACAACAACAACAACAACAACAACAAAAGCAGGCGGCAGCCAAGCCCGCAGUCGCGCCCAAACCUGAGACGGCAGCUGCCAAGCCAGCUGGACCGAAGCAGCCCGCAGGUGCAGCUAACACCCAGCAGCAGCCGCAGCAGCAGCAGAGCAAGGGCAACAAGGCAUCGCCCCCAAAACAGCAGCCAACAGCUGCUAAAUCAAAUCCCCAGCAGCAGCAAAAGGCUGGCGAUGGUAAGCCCAAGACGCCAGCAAACACACCCAAUUCGCAGGCGUCGCCCAAGGCGUCGCCAUCACCCAAAGCGGGCGCUACGCCCAAGACGACCUCCCCCAAGGCGGGCACACCAACGACCCCCACAGCUGUUGCCCAGCCACAGCAGCCAGCACCGGGCGGUGGCGCCAAUUGAAUAUGAUUUCAAUGCAUUUUCAAAAAGCAAACGUUCGGCGCUGCAAUCGCAGCCGAUAUAUCGAUAGCAUGCUGCAACUGCAGCGCUGCAGUUUAUCGAUAAUGCCGAUACGGUUUUUAAUUUGUGACGAUUACAUUUUCUAUUGAAAAAUAAACAAUUUAAAAAAGAACACCUUAUGAUCGGUUACCCAACAGCUCCUAUUGCUGCUUACGCGCCGACGCCGGCUGCUCACCUUGCUUACCCUGCUCCGGAUUUAGUUUCCACAUGGCGUAGUUCAGGGCGGUGGCAAAUCCCAGCCAGGCCAUAUACGGCACAAACAAAAGGCCGGCCGUCUUGUUCACACGAUAGAAAAGUACACCACAUGCACCGGCCGCCGCUGUAAGCGCCACAAUGUCAAUAAGCGCCUGUGGAUGACACACAAUAGAUAAGAAUCAGCACACUCGAAGGUCAAUUAUAAUGUCUCAACUUACGCCCUUGAUGUUAUGCUUGCCAAAGAAUAUCGGUGUCCAGGCCCAGUUGAGCGCCAGCUGUGUGCCGUAGGCGAUCAAUGGCAAUUGAGCAUCGCCGCUGAAGCCGCCGCCGUCGCGCCACACCAGGUAAGAGCCAUAGCCCAUGCCGGCGUACAGUGAUGUCCAAACGGGUGCAAACAGCCAGUUGGGCGGUCGGAA